UUCGGCUAAACCACCUGCGCGGCGCUGCGGAGGGGGGGAAGCGUUGCGUAAGGGAGAGCCCACUGACGGGGGAGACGGUGAGGUGCCACCGAGGCGGACGGGCCCGAUCUGCAAGUCCAUGGACUAGUUGUGUUAAUUAAAGUUGUUAAUUACUUUGGGGAAAAAAAAGAAGAUGAAUCCUGAGGAAGAAGCAGCUGUUCUGUUGAGCCUCCUUUAACUGAGGACUGAAAAUGCCAACAGUUGAAAGUGAGGCAAAAGCAAAAACCAAAGUUCGCUUUGAGGAAAUCUUCAGACAUCAUGCUGGCCUGGCGGACAAAAAGAAUUCAAGGAAAAAGAAGUCCCACUCUCAGGAGAAUAUUGUGCUUGACACUUUUAGAAGUAACAUCGAUCUAACAAAGGAAAGUGGGCAUGAUGAAGCAAUUAUAAACAACACGUACAAUCCUGAAGAAGAGAGUCCCCGAUUUACAAAAAAUAAACUCAGAGAGAAAGCAUCAAUCGCAGAGAAAAUAAAUAACGAUGUUGUUAGUGGAGAGGCGAGCAAGCAAACAAAGUCUAACAAGAAGAAAAAGAAAUCGUUGUUACAAGAACAAUUUAAUGAGGAGGAAAAUUUAUGUGAGGCUGAAUUGGAGAGUUUUGGAAAAAAGAUUAAUGAUUUUCCAAAGAAAAAGACAAAAAGUAGAUCACAAACAGACAUACCUCAUCAAGGAGGUGAUGGAAAGGCAAAAAAUUCCUUCACUGAAGUGAGAAAUGCAAUUGAAUUAGAGGAGGAAGAAGAGCUAAUUCAAGCCUAUCAGUUGCAUGUGGCUGAGAAUGAGAUAAAUGCAAUUAAAAAGAAAAUAAGGAUGAAACUUAAAGAACAGUUGUCUGACUUUACCUCUGCUGUUCAAAGCAAUGAAGUUGCAUUGAGUGAUGAAGUGGGCAGAAAGAAGAAAAAGAAGAAAGAAGUAGCAGUUGUAUGCAAAGCUGAAACAAGUGCAAUGUCCCUUUCUGAGCUGCAGCAUCAUCCAGCAGAAGGUAAUAAUGAAAAUCAUUUGUUGGAAAGAGAAUUUGUAUCAGAAGAACAGAACCUGGAGGAAAGCAUGGAAAAACAGAAACCUAAAGCAAAGAAGGUUAAAAAGAAAACCAAAAAAGAAGAUAACACAGGAGUUUCUGCAGAAAAUGAUGAAGAAAUGAGGACUUCAGAAAUUUCAACUCAGUCUAAAUUUGGUUCUGAUGAUGAUCUUGUGUUGGGAGUUUAUAUCCAUCGAUCUGAUCGACUUAAGACUGAUCUUGUAUCUCAUCCUGUAGUUAAAAUCCAUAUCGUUGAUCAGAAAAGUGGCUUAUAUGUCAAAAAGGAACAUAGGGAGAGGAAAGCUGUGUCUUCCAACGAGGAAGAGCAAAUCGACCACAUACUUCCUAUUAUGACACAGCCAUAUGACUUUAGACAGUUUAAGUCAACAGUCCCAGAUUGGGAGGAACAAAUCAUAUUUAAUGAGCGCUUUAAUUAUUUUAUUCAAAACACUGAGGAAAGCCCUCAAGUAAUUCUGUUUUUUGAGAUCCUUGAUUUUCUAAGUAUGGAUGAAGUGAGAGUCAACUCUGAUGCACAAAUUCAGGACUGUGGUUUCCGAAAAAUCUGCUGGGCAUUUCUAAAGCUUGUUGGUGCAAAUGGAGUUCUAAAUGUUGAUGGAAGACUCCGUCUGCAAUUGUAUUACCCACCUUCAAAGACCAGGUCACAUUCAGACGUUGUUGAAGUUUAUGACUGGUGGGCAAAAUGUCCUAGAAGUCGUUACCCAUCAACUUUAUAUGUUACUGUAAGAGGCAUAAAACUGCCAGAUCAUGUUGCCCCUUCUUUCCAUUCUAUGGUGGCUGUUCAACAGGAACAAAGUAGUGCAACACUGUGUGAGCUCCGUGGGGAGGGAUCUAAAAGAUCAUGUGAAGUCAGUUCUCUAGAGGAGAAAAAAGAGCAGCUGAAGUGGUCAAGGCUUCCUGGACAGGCUUGUCGCAUUCCAAACAAACAUCUGUUUUCACUGCGAGGUGGAGAUAUGGGCUGUUUCUGUAUUCGUUUCUCUCACGAUGGAAGAACCCUGGCAGCAGCAUGUGCAGGAAAGAAUGGCUAUCCCAUUGCUUUGUAUGAAAUUCCUUCUGGACAGUUCCUGAGAGAAUUCUAUGGUCACCUUAACAUAGUGUAUGAUCUUUGUUGGUCAAAGGACAGUCAACACCUUCUUACUGCAUCCUCUGAUGGUACUGUCAGAAUGUGGAAGAUUGAAACACAAGUUGCAUCUGCAGUGAAAGUUUUCCCUCAUCCUUCAUUUGUUUACACUGCUAAGUACCACCCAGUUUCUGACUCUUUGGUGGUGACAGGAUGUUAUGAUGCUGUAAUUAGAAUAUGGAAUGCCAGUGUGAAAGAAAUCCAUGGGCAACUGCUACAAGAGCUUGAUGGUCACAAAAGUUUCAUCAACACGCUUUGUUUUGAUACUGAAGGGCUCCACAUGUUCUCAGGAGAUAGUUCAGGACUGAUAAUAGUUUGGGAUACAUCUGUGAAAGGAAGUUCUCAAUGCCUGUUUCAACACUGGAGAAUUAAUAAAGAAAUAAAAGAAAAUGAUCUUAAAGGAAUUCCAAUAAAUCAUUUGGAGGUGCAUCCAAAUGGAAGACGUUUAUUAAUCCAUGCCAAAGACAGUACCCUGAGAAUUACUGAUCUCAGAAUCUUGGCUACAAAGAAGUAUAUAGGUGCUACAAAUUACAGAGAGAAGAUUCACAGCACUUUAACACCAUGUGGUACGUUUCUUUUUUCUGGAAGCGAAGAUGGAAAAGCUUAUGUGUGGAAUCCAGAGACAGGAGAUCAGGUGGCAAUAUAUUCUGAACUUUCCUUCACAUCUCCACUUCGUGACGUUGCCUUUCAUCCACAUGAACAUAUGGUGUCAUUUUGUGCCUUUGGUCAAAACCAACCAAUACUUGUAUAUAUUUAUGAUUAUAAAGUUGCACAACAAGAAGCUGAACUUGUAAAGGAUCUCAGCUCAUCACUUAGCACAGCUUCUCCAAGAGGCCUGCAAAUUAGUAGCAGUUUUUCUGAAGUACCUAUGCAAAAAAGUUCAGUGAUGUCUCCAGCAGAUCAGUUUGCCAGUGUUGCAAGAACAUCAAUGCGAAUGCAAAAGCUGAAACAAAAACUUGAUUCUGUAAUGACAAGCUCAAAUCUCUUGCUUCCUGCUACAUCAUCACUGUCACCGCACUCUAAACUAAGACUGCCAAACACUUUGAGCACUCCAUUGAAUCCUCUGUAUUCUUUCUCAGGUAAAAGCGGGUGUUUCAGCCCAGUAGGAAACCCUCUUAGCGGAACACUAUUGGGCAGAAUACAGAUGAGUGAUGCCCGUCUAACUGCACUGGGGGAAAGAGGAGGAAGCAGUUGUCUGCUCGACCAAGAAACAGUAGUGGCUCUUUAUGACUACACAGCGCAUCGAUCAGAUGAGCUAACCAUCCAUCGCAGUGACAUUAUCCAAGUGUUAUACAAAGAUAAUGAUAACUGGUGGUUUGGCAGCCUAGCGAAUGGACAGCAAGGCUAUUUUCCAGCUAAUUAUGUGGCUGGUGAAAAAGAGUACGUAGAACAGCCUUCAGGACUAGUAUCAGACUGUGCUCCUCUUCUACCCAAAGGACCUGAAGAAAUAGAGGAAAGUUCCCCGACACCCCAUAAGAUGUCACCAGUCAUCAGUAAGUCAGGGGACCUGAAGUGCAUCUCAGAGCGUGACACAGAUAGAGACUCACCUGCAACACAAAGCGUAAAGAAAAAGAAGAAAAGGAUACAGAAGAACGAGAUAGAAAAUCAGCCCUACUUAAUGGGUCUCGAUUCUCCUGUAUCAUCAGCUAAUGGUGUUGAAAAUGAACCUACAGCCCAUGGGGUGGAAUUGAAGAGGAAGAAAAGGGCGGUGAGAGGCUCAAACUUAAUCACAAGUGGAAAGACAAAUACUGCUUUUGAGCCUGAAUGCUAUGAUGUGUAGUCAUCAUUUAAUUCCAGAUACUGGUGUGACAUGCAGUAUACUCUUACAUUUGAAUGCUGCAACUGCAGCUUCACUUCUAGGAUUGACAAGAAAUCAACAACAACAAAGAAAUUAAUCAAAUGCACAAAAUGGUGCUGGUUGUGAGUUCCCAGUGGUGUAAGCCUGUUCAGAACAAUUUUGCUCAGGGUUCCUUGAAAUUAACAGAACUUGAAUGCUCAGCACCUCACUGUACUGGUAAAAUCUGAAAUGCACUUUCAUAUUUCAUGAGAACUCCACUGACAAAUGUAGUGUUAACCAUGUGAUUGUAUUCUAAGUCAGGCUGACCAGACAUUUCUGUGGACUGCAGAUCAGUCUACUGCAAGCAGAGAAUAGAGUCGUAAGUGUGAUCUAGAACAGAACAAGCCUUACCACAACUGAAGUCCUUGGAUAAGCAUUUUAUGGUUUUGUUGUAAAAUUGAGCAGGGUUCAGAAUGGUGAAAUUUCAAAGGAAUGCUGAUGUAACAUUGUACCUGAAAAAACAAGCUUUUAAGAAUUGUGUUCUCCUGAUGGGAAAUAUUCACUGGGACCACAUUUUGCAGCACUUAAGCGAAUGGUUUAGUAUCUAUGCAACUGCUCUGACUUCAUGGGACUACCCAUGCUUACCAAUACAAAUAAGUGUUGCAAAUUCCAGGCACUUAUAUUUUCAAAUGAGGUUUUGUGCACAUAGUAAAGGUGCAUUGCAGUUUUGUCAGAGUUCCUGGCUGCUUUGGCAGAAGUCUUGCCAAAUAUACAUUCUUCUGUCUGAAUGAAAUAUUUUAUUUUAAAUUGUGUUGUUUGCUUUACUUUUUCAGUUGUAUGUCAUUAAUUGUUUUUUGAGGUUUUUUUUCUUGAGUAUUAUGUUGUACACUUUCACUAAUAAUUUCACUAAUUAUCUGCAAUUCUAAAUAAUUUAUGUUUUAUAUUAAAUGAAACACUUUCUAUCAGUUAGUGUUGAUAUUUUUUUCUGGCUGAUGAUGUCCAUUUUAUUUUUGCUCUGCUAGGAAAUUCUUCCUCCUCCCUCUCUGAAGCAAUAAAUAACAUAAAAUUAGAAAGCCCUUAUUUAGUAGACGAGGCACUUGAUUCCAUUAAAAAAAGAAGUGAGAAAAAACAAUGUUGGGCAGUGAUGUGUGAAAUGCCCCCAGAUGCAGAGCACUAGUUUCUAUAUAUUUUAAUAUCUUCCCUGCACAUAUUUUAUAGCCAGAAAAAUCUGUGAACUUGUUUCUUUUCAGUGAAGAGGAGCAGAAAAUUUUCUUUUUAGUCCCAUUGGUAACAGUAAUUUGCUUACAAUCCUAGCUACAUGUCUAAGUGCAUGUGUGUAGGAAGUUCUCCUCUAAAUGGGGCAUGUAUGUGUACUGGAACAUUAGGAAUGUCUCUUUUCCAGUGGUCAGUUGUAUAAAAUUAUCUUAGUCCUGGGACUGCUGCUUUUGGCAAGGUUCCUAGCUUCUUACAUUGCUGCUUUUUUUGCAAUAUAUUUGAAUUUAAAGGGAUUUAAAGACUUUAUAAUAGAGAAAAAUCUCAACAUCUUAGGUUGCUCUAAAAUAUCCUGGGUCACACUUAAAAUAAGGGUAGAGCAUGUGACAUCAGGCUCCGCGUCAGGAUGAGCUGAGCAGUAGCCAAGAUCUGGGAGCUCAUUGGAAGGCAUUGUAAAACAUUAAUUUGGCAUUGUGGAUGCUGAAGACAGAAAUAACACUUCAGAUAAACACCACGGAGAGAUGGUAGUUCUAAUCAAAGGCACAGCACCUCCUUUCAUGCUUGCGAACUAGGGCUCCAAUUAUGUUCACUGCUCUGAAGCUGAAUAGAGCUGCUUUGCCACACUUUCCAAAUUGAGAGGAGAGGCAGCAGCAGUGUCUUCCAAGGCAUGGUUCCAAAUAACAAUUAAGCAGAAGAAAUCAGAUAAGAGCCAAGCAUGAAAAUGUGUGGAGUUGGAAAUAAACUUUUCAUAAUGUUUUCUUGUAAUUGCAAUAUCUUUUGUUUCUGUAAUUUUUUCCUCCCUACCACGUGCUUGGCUGGACUCUUCUAUUGCUUUAUACCAGAUUACUGCUGUUUUAGAGCUUUUUGCAUUCGUUUGAUAGAAAAUGAAAAAAAGUAAGGAUCUGCAAUUAAAAAUUAAAAAUCAGCUCCAAGUGUUCCUUCAGUAUUUAGGUUAGAACUUGCAGACAGAUCGCUUCUCAACAAAUUAUUGACAGGGCAUUAUAGAAAAGACAGUUUUUACUUUUUGUUUUCAAUUUUAGGAGUUUCUUCAUUCUUCAGAUAUUGUCAUUGGUAUUCUAAAGUUGCAAGAGAGUAAUACUUUUGAACAGUUUGGAAGAGGAUAGUGUUUUUUAAAUGGUUUGAAAUUAAACUUUCUAUAAUGCAUGUUAUUUCAAUGUUAAUGCAACCUACGUAUUUUUUUAUGUCACUUCAACAUGAACAUUGUGUGCAUUUGCUGACAGUUGUCCAAGUACUUAAAAGAAUUCACGGCAAGUUCAGAAUACCUAUUGAAAUUUUUCCUUGUUUGUGUAAGUUGAAGAACUGUAGUCAGUACUCUAAUACAUGAGUGCCCUGCAAAGUUGCUCACUAAGCCCUGAUAUGAAAUACCAGAAUUAAAAACAUCUGUUGGAGGAGUUUUUACAGGGUGAUACUGGUUCAUUGCUAGCACAACACAGAUAAAACCUUGUUUAAAAAAGGGUAAAUAGUGGAUAUUUAUAACUGCCUGGCGAUAACAGCACAGUAGGUCUUUCAUUGUUCUGGUGUUUUUUGAUUUUAUGUGUGUGUGUGGUUGCAACAUAGAGCUGCUAUUACAUUUUUAUAAUUUGGCAGAGAUAUUGUGAACAAUGAACACAUAAAUUAACAAAAUAGGAACGAAGGGAUGGCACUUUUUUCCUGUGUUUCCCAAUAGCCUUCAGAUUGCAUUUAGUUUUUUCCUUAAAAUAGUUUGAGGAACAGACAGCGUAGAACACAAUAAGUGUAUUUGUAGCAUCACUUAAUUCAGAAGGCAGUAGGGGAUGGAUCACAGUCAAACAAGGGCUAAUGAGAACACAGAGGAACAUGACAACCGAAAGUCUCUGUUGACUAGUGAACUAAAUCUGCCGGCUGGACCCAAUUGUCUGAUGGAGAAUUGAAUGUCAGGAUCACUUAGGGUUAACAAUGGCCCACUACAAGCAAAAGCAGACAGCUAUGAAAAAUAGCCGGCAUGGUCGCCGUUCUGCAGAGUCUGUGGAUGCAAACUUGAUAAUGAGGCACUUCAUUCACUACAUCCUUCUGCUCUAAUUACUAAGGUGAAUAGGAAAUACUUCAUUUAAGGCGGGAACAGACUAAAGCAAAAACACUUGUUUGGUAAACACAAAGAGUGAUGGGGGGGGUCUAAUGAUCCUUUUCUAGCACAUAUGAAAUUAGUAUGUGUGCAGUACAGCCUAUUUAAUGGAUGUGAAUUUGGGAGGGGAUAGGAGUGUUUUUGAACAGUAAAGGAUGGCUGAAAAGAUUCGUGUACAGGCUUGUGCUGAGGUUUCUUUCCUAAGUGUUCUAUCCUAUGGCUACAUAGAAUGUUUUGGACAAACUAAUAUGUGGAUGUACACCUGCACUUGUAAAAACAUAUUGCAUCAGUUCAAGGACUUACAUUGCUUGAAGUAUAAAUACGUGCAUUAGGAGAAGAACUGUUGCAUGUAAGGAAUAGAAACAAGCAGAGGUCUGAGAGAGGGAAAUAAGCAGCUUAAGAAGAAGACUACUGUCUGGGUGAGACUUGCAAGAAUGUGGCAAUUAGAAAUUGGAACUUAAGAAGAAGGAACAGAAGAUAGAGGGCAGGCGUGUUAGAGCAGAGCUUGGGUGCUUUUUGGACUUCAGAAAUUAAGAUAUUUAACCACUUCAUCUUUUGAUACAUUUAAAUGUUGUGCUAUUUACAGGAGCUUGGAUGAAAUCUUGGAGCCUGUGAUGAAUGUUCUCCUGUGGCUUCUCAGAAAUCCAUGACUCAGCCAUAACUUUGAGCUGGAAUCCAGAAAGCUCCACACAUCUGGCCUAUGCUGUUGGGGGUGGCUGGCACUUUAGUUCCCUAAUUCUGCUGCUGGCACAGAUCUUUAGAGGGCACUUUUCUAGCUGUUGUCUGCUGCCAUGUGUGCCUCUACUUCGGUUUAUUGUCCUCUGGCCUCUUUGUCCACUGUAAAGCAGAGCAGAGAUGAGAACAUCACACACGACAUUUAUCUACUAGUUGGAGCAUCAUGUGUCAUACAAAUGAACUGUUAUACAGAAAUGUGCCUCACACACAGUGUUACUGGCAAAUGCUGUGCCUGUUACAUUCUGGCUGGCUGCUGCCUUUCCCUUCAGGGCGCUCUGUUCUCCAGUGGUUACACGUGUAUUGAGAGUCCCAGUCCUGUAAGCUGCUCCGAGUCAAUGCACCACUGUACUCAAAGCUCCAGCAGAGCUGGCCAGGCUUCUAGGAGCCACAUCAUGGCUGUAGUUUGUACAACAAUGUACGCUGACUUAAAAGAUUGCAAAAAUAAUUUUAGCUGGCUCUCAUAAAUGAAAAUGAUAGCUCUGCUACGGAGUUCCCACCUACAAUUUCAGCUACCUGUUUUGU